CAUUAUGCUAAAAUUCCUAUUACACUUUAGUUUUAUGAUACAUCAAUGUUACAAUGCGGAUUUAAAUGUCACUUUUAAUGAACAUGGCUUUGAACAACCAAGUUGGGAAGAUAUUAAAUCUUCCCAUCAAUUCGAAAGAAAUUCUUUGGAUACAGUUAGCGCCCAAUCUAGAAAAAAAUCUUAUGAUUUAUCAGAUCAAGAGUAUGAGGGUAUUGUCAAGUAUAUAAAGGUCAGCAAUGUGCCAAAUUUUUGCAGGAUCAAUCCGUUUUUGUACCACCCCAUUUAACCCAAGAAGAUAUUGAGAGAAAAUUGACUGAAGCAUUUAGAGUAAUUUCUUAUUCAAGAGAUCUCAGUUCAAACUGUGAAGUUUAUGCACUGCCAAGUCUAUGUUAUAGCACAUUUCCUAUAUGCAGAACCCCGGAUAUUACAAAUGCAAUGUACUUUAAUGAAAAAAGUAAAUCUUGGGGAAAUAAUAAAUAUGUUAAUCAAAAUUCUAGUGACAAUUUUAAUGGAAAAUCAAAAGGAUAUGUUCCAUCUCGCAGUACAGUACCUUUGCGUAGAAUUUGCAAAAAGGAUUGUGAAAUACUGGAAAAUGAGCUGUGCCAAAAAGAGUAUUCUAUAGCAAAGAGACAUCCUCAUAUAGGUCAACAAUUAACUCUUGAAGAAUGUGUAAAUCUUCCGAAUGAUUCUAAUGACUGCUUGGAAUUAGGAAUUAAACCUGAUGUUAUACCUGAUGAUUGGUGUUAUUGGGAAAAUGGAGAAAAAUAUCGGGGUACUGCACAGACAACCGUUAGUGGAAAAAUGUGUAUGAAAUGGGGUAAUGUUACUGCAGGAAGAUUUCCUCACGAGUUACCCAAUUUUCCAGAAUUAGCAGGUGCUCAUAAUUAUUGCAGAAAUCCGGGUGGUUCUAGUAGUUUACCUUGGUGUUAUAAUAUCAAAAUGGAAAAAGAGGUUUGCAAUGUGCCACAAUGUGCACCUAGACUAUGGUUCUAUAUUGCUGCCGUUAUGAUCUCCUUGACUGCACUAUUAUUGCUUACUCUGUUUUGUUAUUGGUGCAAAAAAUACAAAAGAAACAGUAAUACUGAUAAUAUACAAAAUAUAAAUUUGCCUAAUGUUGAUAAGAACAUUUAUGGAAAUUCACGGUUAAACUCACCUAUUGAAAUGAGCUCUUUAUUGACUGCUGUUAAUACGCCACCAGGACGAAGCACAGUGAAUCGAGUAUCACAAUAUAAUUUGCAAGAUGUCAAGUUUAUUGAAGAAUUAGGGGAAGGAGCAUUUGGCAAAGUAUACAAGGGAGAAUUAUCCAAGCAUGAUGGCACAAAAUUAUUUGUGGCAGUAAAGGCUUUAAAAGAGAACGCUUCUGUUAAGACGCAAACAGAUUUUCGAAGAGAAAUUGAUCUCAUAACAGACUUACGUCAUGACAAUAUUGUGUGUAUUUUAGGAGUGGUAUUAAAACAAGAACCUUUAUGUAUGUUAUUUGAAUAUAUGACUCAAGGCGAUUUGCAUGAGUUUUUGAUAGCUAACUCACCAAACGAAGGCAAAAGUUUAUCUUCUGUGCAGUUUAUACAGAUUGCAAUGCAAAUUGCAAAUGGAAUGGAAUAUCUUGCAGGACAUCAUUAUGUACACAGGGAUUUGGCAGCUCGAAACUGUUUAGUGGGUGAUAACUUAUCUGUAAAAAUUUCAGAUUUUGGUUUGUCACGAGAUAUCUAUAGUUCAGAUUAUUAUAGAGUACAGUCCAAAUCGUUAUUGCCUGUCCGAUGGAUGCCACCUGAAUCAAUUUUGUAUGGCAAAUUUACAACAGAGAGUGAUGUAUGGUCAUAUGGUGUUGUGUUAUGGGAAAUUUACAGCUAUGGCUUACAACCCUAUUAUGGAUAUAGUAAUCAAGAAGUAAUCAACAUGGUUAGGGCGAGGCAAUUAUUACCUUGUCCAGACAAUUGUCCAACUUUAGCUUAUAGCUUAAUGGUUGAAUGUUGGCAUGAGCAAGCAGUAAGGAGGCCAGGAUUUGCUGAAAUUGGGCACAGACUCAAAUUAUGGCAUCAGACACAACGUAGGGGUUGAUUAAUUGGCGUUCUUCAGCAAUAGUAUAAAUAAAGUUGGAUGCAUAAUUUGGCAUUUUUUAGAUCAUAAAAGAUAGUAAGUA